AUGGACACACAAGAACAAAAACUUUAUCUGAGGGCGAGGAAUAAAGAACAGAUUGACAUAAGUAGGAAUACAAGUAAAGACAAAGACAUGGACAAUGCAGGAGCUUAUCGCGUGCAGCCGCCAUCAGGAGGAGGAGGAGGGGACGGCCAUGAGGCGCCGUUCUCCGCGAGUGGCUUGUGGAGCGUGUUAGAGGCCAUCUCAGCGGCCAUGAGAAAGUCCUCACGGUUCUGGAGGAUCUUCGAGGGCAAAAAAAGGAGCAGAGUAGCGAGUGAGCAAGGGCCGAGUUGUGAUAACGGGAAGUUAAAGGGUGAAUGUUUUGCGGAGAAACUGCCGUCCGUUGAGCAAGAUGGCACGAGAUUUAUUCCACAGCACAACAAAGUCCCGUCAAGAGUAAGUCUGUCAUUCCACAGCGGUCCGUGUUAUCAGUCCUUUGGUCAGUGUGCUGUGAGCGGGCGCCAGGAGCAGGCCCCCGUCUGCUUGGGCUUCCUGUCAUUGUAUUGUCGCGAGAAAUGCUCUGAAAGACACGAAUUCACGAUGGAACAAGUGCUCAUUGGAAAAGAACUCCAGGCUCUGCGGGGCGUGAUUUUCGGCAGCUACACUCCGCGACGGCACAAAAUCGCCCCGGACGAAAAACCGGCCUCGAAUAUCUUCCUCAGACGGCCGAGUCGAAGGCUUUCGCGAGCGAGGAAGAUAAGACUGACGACCUGCAAGACCUCGGAGCCUGAGGACGUGCCGGAUAAGUCCUUCGUCUUCGUUUAUAACUUCGGAGAACUCACCUGUUUUGCCGACGACGAGAUCUCGCUAGGAUCCCCCAGGAGCAGUCUUACAAGUGGCUUCGUCGAGAUUCUCAGCCAGAGGAGCAGCACAAUCAGCACCAGCAGUAGUAUAGCGACUUUCUUCCUUCGAGACGAUCGGUUACAAAUGUUAGUAUAUACUUCAGCAUACUUUGCUGUGUUUCUCCGCUACUACAAACAGACCUGUGAUGUCCUCUACUCCGUCCACUCCCUCAUGGGCGGUCCAGGGGGCGGCGUAUGGGCGGUCAGGUUCACGGUGGCUGCGGCGGCGUCUGCGGGAGGCCAGACGGUGCCCGGGUCCUCCAACCGGAUCAGCGUGUCCCUAGCGCAGGUGACACAGGUCCUGCAGGAGGCUUUCCACGUCGGCGCCGCCACCUUGGAGGACAUCACCCAGCAGAUCAAGACGAGACCGGUUCCUGAGGUUAUACUCCACUUGAGUGUUAGGGAGGCCAAGGAUCUGCGGCCGAAGACUGUGAAAGGCAAAGCGAACCCCUACGCUACUGUAGUGAUUCCCAGCAGUGGCGGUUCUCAGCGGACCAGACUCGAGAAGAACACACUUAGCCCCAAGUGGAACCAGGAUUUCACUUUGAAAGUGAAUAACAUUCAGAAUGAUGUCGUUCGCCUUCAGAUAUGGCACGAGCACGAAGCGGUGGCGGUGCAGCAGCUGACAAAAAUUAAAGACAUGAAGAGUUUGUCUCGACUCGUCCGCGAAACAACAGCUCAGGCCCAACACCAGGCCAACCACCUCCUCGGACAAGUCAUUAUAUACCUGAAGGAGGUGAGCGAGGGCACCAUGGACGGCUGGUUCGCCCUCGAGAAGGAAGGCGGCGACAUGCAGAAGGAGCGAGGGAGCGUCCGUGUCCGUGCCUUCGUGUCUACCUCAACGAAGCUCGCUGACAAUGGACGGCGCCCUUACGAUGCUCUCCUGACGCGGCUCAUCCAUCAACAGCUGACGACGGCAGCGAACAACAACCACCAGGACGAGUGGGUGACCCCGUGGAACGGCCAUGUCAGCAGCGGGGCAGCAGCGGCUCUGGCUCAGCAUGCCAUUAUGCUUGGCCUCACCGAAGCGAGCAUGCAGCUGUCGUGGUGGUGCGUCGGCAGCCGGGUGGCCACUGUGGAUGCUGCUUGGAUUCUCUCACAGCUGCACCGCGUUCAGGCAGCGCUCGGGAAGGGCUUGUAUGAGGGCGAGGACCUACCUGAGCUGCAGGCUUCUCUCUCUUACUUCGUAAGGGCUCACGUCGAACGCCUCAAGGACCUCCAUGAAGCAUUCCCGCCUUCGUCAGGUGUCAUUGCACAGCACCAACUCAGCUACACGCUCAAAGCCCUGCAGAGUAUACAAAGCCACUCACAGACGCGAGCACUCUUGGAUCAGGAGGACCUCCCCCAUCUCCAAGAAGCAGUCAUGGCCAGUCUCAACUUACAUGCGAAAAAUUGGUGGACUCUCUUGGUAGAAGAACAGCUGAUAGGUGUGAAAACCGCAGACGAGCAGAUAUUAAGAGUCAUCAAAAUCCUUGAAGAAUCUCACACCUUCCUCACUCAUGCUGCUAAUUUCUACAACGGAAUUCUCAAGAAGGAAAUGGACAUCUCGUACAUGCAGACAGUCUACCUAAUGAUAAGCAAGAAGAUCAACCCUUGCGUGAGGCCGCUGGUUAUGAACAUCUACAACCGGAUGCCAGCUCUGAGUGAUAGCGAGGAGCCCCUGGAUACGACUGUACAAUAUGCACUCGAUGUUGGCACCUCACUCUGGCAGCUGUACCGGAAUCUGGGACGGAUUCAUUUGCUCGGCGAAGCACUACCCUCGGAGGUGCGCGCAGAUUCGGGGGUUCGCGAGUACCACCGAUGGUUCUCUCGAGGCGUCAUGAGGUGGCUCGAACUGGCGAUCCGACGAGCUCAGGACAUGAUCAAGAAGGCGGUGGAUCUCGACACCUUUCAGCCAGUCGAUAACCUGUGCAAUUUCAGUUCGUCGGCUACGGAUACGAUAGGGAUUUUCCAUGAUGUGAAAAUCUGGUGGCUGAAGCUGGCGUGGCCCGACCCCGAGAACAGCGCCGUCCUCCUGGCCAAGAUUCUCGAGGACGUCUGCUGCUGCGCGACGACCUACUCUGACCUCCUCAGGGACAAGGUCGACUCCAUGUUCUGGCAGACGGAGAACUCGGAUCAGCUGUUCAUAACGGGCGGUGAGUGCGGUGUUUUGUUUAUCAAGAGACACGACUUGGUACGAAGUUCAGUCCCUGUCACUACGGCACAUUUCCAGACCUCUUCCCUCACCCUCUCCUCCCGCCCGCAGAUCUCUGUGGGGCCUCAACAACAUCGAGCGAGCGGAGGGAACUCACAGACUCCAAGUCACUUCGGGUUCGAGGCUCUGCUGGAGGACGUGAGAUCCGCCGGGAGUGGCAGUGCGGCGGCCUCGCAGCUGAAGGAGACGGUGGAGCGGUUGAUAUCGAGUGCGACUGAGAACAUGGAGGGGAAAGUGAAUGAGUUCAUUGAGGCCGUUAUGGAAAAGAUGAAACCAACGUUAGAAAAGGCAGUUUACGAGGCGUGCGAAUUGCAAGACGAGGCUCCCCUACUCGACCAGGUGCUUUACCCAAACUUCAAACUUCUGCACAACAAUCUCCACAGUUUGAACUUCCAGAGGUUCUUGUGGCAUGUGUGGGAGGUGAUGGUGGAACUCUUCAGGUCCACGGUUGCCAAAAAUACUGAGAGAAGAAGAGCCAAUUACUUCGGAGGCGUCAGGAAUAUUCUUGAGUCCACGCUGAAAUUCUUCUCACCUGAUGAAGGGAUCGGCAUCGACACGGAAAGUGCUCAGACGCCAGAAUACACGUCCCUCCUGGAGUUGUUGGACAGUUUAAGGAUGUCCACCGAGGCGCUGAUAUCAAAAUAUUAUCAAGAACGCCACGAGCAACAGGUCAAGUCAAGUCUUCCAACAAAAGCACAAUUGGUCACAAAGAUGCUGUUUACACGUCCAGGCAAAUUGAUAGUGGAAGUGAUCAUGGCCCACGACAUAGUGAUAGAGAGUGACACGGGAAUUAUGACCUCUCGCAUGGGUCCUCACGCCCACCAGGUCAUCGAUUCUUACGUGAAGGUCCAGCUGGUUCCUCAGGACUGGUUCCCAUCGGCGGCCAUACGCAAGACCAAGACCCAGAGGAAAGACCCAGCUGUUUAUGACGAAACGUUGAGUUUGAAGUCAACCGAGAAGACGACGGAGUCCGCGCCGGCCUCCUCCUGUUCACCCUGAAGGACUACAACCUCGGCCGCUCCAACACUUUCAUAGGAGAGGCUCUGGUCCCCCUGGCAGACCUUCCCUGUGUCGACUCUUCGGAAGUCCACACCGUGCCCAACACCUACCUCAAGAUGACGACUCCUGGACUCGAUAAUGAAUACAAAUCGCUAACAGCCCUUCACUAUAGAACCUGGGAUAAGAAUGCUACCUCCUUCUUGAAGAAAGUCUCAAAACGCCUUGCCGACUCGAAGACCAAGGGAUCAGCCACUCUCAGACCCGAGGAAGAGAAGGGAAGACCUAGAAGUCCAAAUCUCAUCGAAAGACUGAAAAUUUAGAAGUGACACUCGCGAAGAAGUGAUGCACAGUUAACACGCGAAAGAUACAGGAAUGACAAUGUUUGUUUUACGUGAAUUAACGGUGUUGGAAUGAUCCCUCCUGCAUGUAUUGCUCUCCCGUUGUCAGUGAACGGACCCUAUCCAAGAGUGAAGACAUUUUCUUGUAAAUACAUCGCCACCAGUGUAAAUACAACUUUAUACCUAAUGUAAAUUUAUCUUGAAUGGCUGUGAACUUGGGGUGCCACACUGGAUGUAAAUCAUUCACAUGUCUGACAAAGACUGAUAUGAAAGUUCCUUUUUUAUAUUCCAAGCUUCUGUUGCCAGUGCCCAUUUUAUAAGACUUGGUUUAUUUUGCAUUAAUUUCGUGUGUUGAAGUAACAGAAGAAAAUACCUUUGAAAUGUAGUGAAAGACUGAGUGAUAUUUUGAAAUAACUAGACGUGCAAUCUCUAUGUAUAAGUGUAUUAUAUUAUUCCUAGCGAAUAUCACACGUAUAUCAUAGGAAUUUGAAGUGUACCCUAAGUAUGUAGUUAUGUAUUUGUUUGAACUAAACAUCUAGUAGCAAUACUAUGGACAUAUUUUACCUGUAAUCAAAAGAGUGGGCGAGAGGAGUAACUGUAUUUAGCUUUAUAACAAGAGAGAGAGAGAGAAAGAGAGAGAGAGAGAGAGAGAGAGAGAGAGAGAGAGAGAGACCUGUACAGAUGUGUGUCCCUUUUUUUGGUUUUCAAUUUUCUUUCAUACAACUACUAAUUCAUCAAAUGACAAUUGCUCAACUUCACGACUACUAAAACAGGCUCGUAAUUUUAAAUAUAAACGAGUUUUGGUAAAGUGAGGUUGAGGAAGCUGAAAGUAUCAUAGUUAUUCAUCAUUGGACAGCAUAAGAUGUACCCACCUUUGCCUUGGUCUUUCAUUAGAAUUCUUUAGAACUAAUAUAUACUCUUUAUCAUUCACAAUACUCAUUACUCUCACAAUGUUUCACUAGUCAGUAUGUUCAUGAAUCUUCUCCCAGUCACAAUAUUUCUUCAUAUUGUAAAAAAAAAUGAUAUUCUGAAUCAUUUUGUAUAUGAAAUGUAAUAAACAUUUCUAGUA